GCUUGCAUUAUUGUUAUCGGCGAUAGGUAUCUCGAAAUAAUUUCGGUUUUUGUAGGUAUUUUGGGUUGUGUAAAGGUGAGAGUAUAAUAAGUGAUCUUUCAUAAGUCGUAAUAUGGACUCCCUUUUUGAUGAGUGGAUGACGUUUUUGUGUGAGAAACGGGUGUGGCGGCCGGUGGGUAGAAUUGGAAUGGGAUGGAAGAUGAGAAAGUAAAGCAAGAGACCAUGGAGGUAGAAAUCAAACUUGAAGACAUAAAUCCCAAUAUCACAUGCAAGAUUUGUAAAGGUUACUUUGUUGAUGCAACAACAAUAACAGAAUGCCUGCAUACAUUUUGCAAGAGUUGUCUGGUGAAGCACCUGGAGGAGAGGAACACAUGUCCAGAGUGCAACAGCAUCAUCCACCAGUCGCACCCACUGCAGUACAUCAGCUUCGACAGGACCAUGCAGGACAUUGUCUACAAACUGGUGCCAAACAUUUUGGAAGACGAGAUGGAGCGGGAACGGGCGUUCUACAAGUCGCGCGGCCUGCCCAACCCGAAGGACCAGACCGGGCAGGAUGACGAGGCCAACGGUGGCACAGAGGAGGCCGUCAAGGGACAGGACUACCACAGGCUGGACGAACAGGUCAACAUAUCCCUGGAGUGUUCCAGUUCAAAACUGAGCAAGCUCAGUCGAGAGCACAUCCGCUGUUCAGCACAAGCAACCAUCACCCACCUCAAGAAGUUUGUCGCGCUCAAAAUCCUCAACAGUAUGGACAAGUACAAAGAGAUCGACAUUUUCUGCAACGACGAGAUGCUGGGGAAGGACCAUACGCUCAAGUUUGUGUUUGUGACUCGCUGGAGGUUCAAAGACCCACCGAUGCAGCUGUGCUAUCAGCCGCGCGUCGACGUCUGACAGCGACGCUCCUCUCGUGUGUCCGGACAAUGGCGGAUUGCCGCCGGUCGGCGCCUCUCUCAGGACGUGGUGAUUCAAACAGAGGACGCUACCGGCUGGCACCGCCUCCCUGUAAAUCGCUGUGACAUCGACGAGUUUUGUGCGACCGAGAGGCCUCUUCUGUGUCGGGGAGACACCGGCGUCUGUGAACGUAGAGGUUCCGGGGGUUAUGUAGAGGCCAGAGAGGCACCCACCGAUGGGCCUCCACUCCUAGCAGAGGCGCGAUCUGAUGGACAAUGGACAUGUCUCGCCGGUGCAUGUCCUCCCGAGAACGACGUCAAUGCAGCUCUUCGCAGUCUGCGAGAUGGAGACCUGAUUGAAGCCUGCGGGGUAUCCCCCGACACCUUAGAGACUCACGGAUCCUCAGUUCGGAUGUGCGGAUUCUGUUCAACUUUCGACAAGACAGAGCUUGCUCAGUUAUGAGCUUUUUUCGAUAAAGAAUGCUCGUCUGACCAGAUCUCAUUCAUAUAAUCAUCGUUAAAAACACGGCUCUGGUGCGAUCAUUGUAUUUGAAAAGUAACAACUUCUCUUCCAGCUCUGCUCCGUGAAUGCAGUUGGUAUGGAGCUACGAGAGCUGAGCUGCACUUAAAAUUAUUGUCCUUUUCGUGUCGAAACUUCUCUUUAUGGGUGUGUUAUGUGAAGGUCGAGUUUAGGUGCGAGGCGUUUGGGUGCGCGUCUUUGAGUGGAUAUCGCAGAUGUGAUGAUGUUCUAUGAUCACCGGACAUCUACCUGCGUAUGCUACGAGUUGCACGCGCCUUGUCCUCGUAUUGUGCAUGACAUGGUAAUCGUUCGAUGUAUUUGCUACAGGUGUUUUGUAUUAUGAUAUGUGCUGGUGGCCAUUUGCGAGAAAGUGUAAAUUUUUGUUAUGAAUGCUUUAAUACAGUGUAUUGUAUGCA